AAUGUUAGGGCUGAGCGAAAUAGUACAGUAAACCUAUACCAGAAACUGCAUAAGAUAGAAACCUGUUUAGCAUGAAAGAAACAGUGGAAACCAACUUAUGAAGUCAGUUGUUCCAUCCUGUGGUAGCACAUUUCUCUAAAUGCCAUGAUUCAUAAAAGAAAAAUUAUUGCUUUCUGCAUGUGAAUAUUCAAGCAAAUGAGAGUAUGAGUUGGAUGUUUAAAAGAGACAGUCCUCUGCGGUCUAGUCUGCGGAGGAAAUAUUCAUUUACAUUGCCUCCGAAGUUACCAGAGGGUGCUUGUUUGGAGGUGUUUAGAACACACUGGCAGCAGGCAUAUGUCAUUAUGGAAAAGAAUGGGUCAUGGCAGCAAGCUUUACCAACAGCAGAUGAUGUGACUAGUGUCAUUAAUAACCUUGACCAGAUGAUAACCCUUCUUUUGCAAGAAGCUCAGCAGUCAGCAGCUUGUCUCACAAAUGGAAGUCCACAAACCGAACCAGAACCUACUGGUCCACUCCUGAGUUAUUUAUUGAUGGAAGGAUGUUUAGAUAAAUUAUUGUCUUGGUCAAUGCGUACUGGGGAAUAUGCAAAUAUCUUGAAAUUAGAGCAGCUGAAAUUUUAUGAAAUUUUAGUUACAAAUUGUCAUCAAGAUCUUCUUUUCCAUAAACCUGUUGUGCGACCUUUGUUGAGGCUGUUGGCUUCUUGUGGAGAUGGUGCACCUGUAGAAGUUGAAAAAAGACUAAUUAUUUUACUAAACACAUUGUGUGUUUGUCUGACACAGUUUCCUGAUUUAUUGCAAGUAUUUUUUGGAGCAAGCUCUGACCAUGGAUCCACAAGGUCAGAAAAACGAGACAUGUUUUUAAUAUUUUCUCUUUUAAUACCAUUUGUUCAUCGUGAGGGGGCAAUUGGUCAACAAGCAAGAGAUGCCUUGUUACUCUGUAUGGCCUUGUCUAGGAGAAAUGAAAGCAUUGGAGUCUAUAUAGCUGAACAUUCCAAUUUUUGUCCGGUUUUAGCAACGGGGCUGAGUGCUUUAUAUUCAGUACUUCCUAGGAAAUUGCCACGUGUUGCUGAAGACUGGCAUAAAUUUACAGCUGAAGACAUUGCUGAGAUGCCAGAACUUGCAAUGUUUCUGAAUUCUUUGGAAUUUUGUAAUGCAGUUAUUCAGGUUGCACAUCCAAUGGUUCAAGAACAGCUGAUGGAAUACAUGUAUCAAGGGUUUUUAGUUCCAGUUUUAGGACCUGCUUUACAUCAGGAAGCUGUAGCAGUGCCUGUCGACAGGCUUGAAAACACUACAAAAUAUUUGAAUACUGUUGAAGAAAUCAUUGCAACAACUGCUUACCUUGAGCUUUUCUUACGCACUAUAACAGAGCCUAUCCUGUUACAAAUGUUUUUAAAGUUUAUUUUAACAUCAUCUUAUGAUGGACAUCUUGUUUUGAAUUCCUUGGUUGAUCGACUGGGAGCACAAAGUCGACUGUGCCUAGUGACUAUGUCUCUCUUUAGAACAUUAUUAGAUUUAAAUUGUGAAGAUGUUUUAUUUGAGUUAGUUUUCAGGUAUCUUAUUCCAUGUACUCAUGUUAUGGUGAGUCAACGUAGCAGAGUAAGAGAUCUGGAUCUCUACAAUCAAGCUGCAGAUAAAUUUUUAUCUCUCAUACCUGCAUCAUCAGUUCUGCAUAGUAAUGGAAAUGGUAGCAGCCUUACAACCAGCCAAAGCACUCCUGUGUCAUCUUUGCCAUUUACUUCUGGGUUUAGCAGUUUGCAGAACAUGCCUCCUGGCAGUCGUGGAGGUAGUUUGCGACUGAAGCGCCACCAACGCUCACCGUCCACUUCUAGUUUUGCUUUUGGAGAAGUAGAACGACUGCAGUCACAGAUGCUAAAAUUCGGAACAGAUUUUUAUGCAAAUAUUUCUGAAAUACAGCCAUCCAGUUAUAUGGAUUAUUUACGAGAAGCUCACAGAAAUGUUAAAACUUGCACCCUCGCUUGUAGAUGUUGGUCUGCAUCAUACGAUGGACUUGAUCCGCCUCCAAAUGCUAUCAGCAGCUUAGUCCAAAGUAAAGAGAAUGAAGUUUUUAGUCAUAACAAUUGUGUACAAAUUAGUAGAUUGAAAAUUUCUGACUAUGAAUCUGCAAAUAAUGAGCAAAAAAAGAAUUCUGAGGUACAAUUACUUCAAAAAAUUAGUGAUACAGAUAGUAUUCUUGAGUUGUCAUCAGCUAAUUUAGCUGUUCAUCAAGACUCUUUUAGACAGAAACUGCAGGACAGAUCAUCUGCUAUGGAAACUAUGUCCUUGGGUGAAAAUUCUGUGAUAUCAAUGCUGAAUAGUUGCAACAAUAAAGUAAUGAGUAGUGAUAUUCUUCAUCAAAUAGUAAAUGCAGAUGAUGAAAGAACGUUUUGGAGCUUAGUUUGCUUGACUGAAACACCAUCCUCAAGUGACAAUUUAGAUGAUAGUCUUCAAACAAUAGAUGGUUAUUUAAAUGAGAUGGAGGAGGAUUGUGGACAGGAUUCAAAAAGUCAAAUAUGUUUAACAGAGACAAUUUAUUUGAAAGAUGAAUGUUCAAAUGCAGAUUCAGGUGUGUUUGAGUCUCGCGAUAGUUGCGUUUCUGAAAAGGAUUGUGACGUAUCUCCAUUUGUACUCAGUAGUGCCAAAUGUAGUGAUCAUAAAGAUUCAUUGUUCAUAUCCAUACCUCCAUGUGCUGCAAAGAGUGACUUAAAGCCAAAUUCAACUUCAGUUUCUGAUACUAGCACAAAAAGUAGUAAUAGUCCAGCCUCUCCUAGUAGUUGGGAGGCUUUUAGUACACCAAAUAUUGGCCCAUUCUUGAGUAUUAUUCUCACUAGACUAGAAAUGAUGAUGCAGAAUGACCUGUACACCAACUUACAUCUCACAGGGUUAAUUUCACGUCUUGCAUGUUAUCCACAACCACUUUUGAGAUCCUUCUUGCUUAAUCCAUCCUUAGUUUUUCAACCAACUGUUCGUUCCUUACUUCAGGUUUUAGGAUCAUUAAAGCAUAAAGUUGACAGCUACUCAUACACAGUUGAUAAUUAUGAAGAACUUGUGAACCAAAGCAAACAGUUUCUACUUUCUAGGGAAGAGCAUCUGCCUCUUCCUCUUGGAAACCGUGUUUAUUCUGAUUCUUUAUCCCGUGCCCGCUGCUCAACCGUUCCAGAAUUACAAAGAGGAGAACCUCGUCGAAGAAGUUUGACAAGUUUUUUGUUUCGUAAAAGUAACUUCUUGAAAAACAGAGACAGUUUUAGCAAAGAACCUACACUGGAAUCCAUUUCAGAUGGUCAUGGUUACAGGUAUGUCAGCAAACCGACACCAUACUCUCUGGAAGGGGAAAUGGAAUCUGUAAAAGCAAAGAAUGCUAUUCUGUGUGCUAUUGUCCUAGAAGAAUUUCUGAAGGAAUUAGCUGCAAUCGCUCAAGAACAUUCAAUCAUACAAUUGAAUCCUGAUUUCUGGGAUGCAGUAGGUUGUCCUUGGGAAUAAAUUUUAUUCCAGACAAUGUGUUGUAUAUAUGUACACACAUAAAAAAUAACCAACUCAUAUGUAGAAGAUACACUUUUACAAUUUUCUUUAUCAUAAAUAAUUCUCUUGAUUUUUUAAACAUAGAAAAUAUUUUCUAUUGAACAAUAUAAGAUUUUGUUGAAAAUUAUAUUUCCCCCUCUAUCAUUUUACAUUUUCAUGUGUAAAAAAUUAAUACUUAAACUGAAGAACAUAAAAUAAAUUUUAAAAAAAUAUUUUUAUAUCAAAAUUUUUAUUUUGAAAGUUUUGUAAAUAUGGGUAUUUAAUUUGUGCUUCGAAUUUUUUCUGCAACACUGAUGUUGAUCGCUGUGAUGUAAGUUUAAAUUUUUAUUGUUUCAUUAAGUAAGUUUAAUAUUUAAAAAAUGUAGAAUCUUGUUUAAUAGAUUUUAAAAAGUGAUUUUCAUGAUUUAAAUGCUUGCUGACUAAUUCAUGAGGGGGGAAUUGUUUGGGGGAUGUUGUUUUGAAAAUUAUAAAGAUUUUAUAAUUUGUUCUGAGAAAAGGCAAGUAGCAUUUUUUCUUAUUUUUUAAAAGAGAAACUAGCAAACAUCUAAGAAAUAUUUAACUGACUUAUUCUUAAGUUGAAUCACUUUUUAAAAAAUUAAGUAUGUUUUAAAAACAAGAGGUUUUUAUUUUCUUGCUUUUCCUUAUUUAAUAUUAUGUAUGUUUGCAUAAUUUAUUUUGAAAAUAGUCUUUUAAUCUUUUUAAUAUUAAAUUUUUGUGGAAUAAAUUUUGUAUUUAAUUAAAUCAAUAUAUAAAGUGCUGAUAGCGUGAAAUUGCUGUAAGAAAUUUAUAUUUUUACUUAUGGCUGUAAUCUAAUAACCAUCAGAAUUCUUGUGUCAUAAAUCUUAAGAAAUGGUGUAUUAUUAUUUUUUCAUUAACUUAUCCUUUUUUAUAUUGUAUUUUUCCAUGCAAUAAUAAUUUUUUAUGCAGAGCACAAAUUGUGUUGCAUAGAAAUAUAAAUACCUGAAUCAUAUGGUAUCACAUAAUUGAAGUAAAGAGAAAAUGUUGUAAACGAAAGAAGAAAAGAAACAUUUAAUGUUUGACUACAUCUUUGUUGCAGCUCUGACUAUAUAAGAUUGUUACCUAACCCCUUUGAGGACCAGUGCGCAGAGAACAAGGUGCAGCCACAGGACCAAACCGCCUGAAAUGGAACACCGUCACCGGCCAACACAUUUCAGCGGUUAAGCCUACUUUUACAAAAAAAUUCAUAUAAAAUCAGCAUUUUAGUAUAAUGACCUCAGUUUUUGAAGUUAUGUAUGUAAUACAUUAAUUAUUAAUAUGUAUUAAUAUAAAGAAUAUCGCAAUAGAAAUAAAUGAAACAUGCAAAAUAUUAAAAUUAUAAUUAUAAGCAUAAAAACAAGUACUAUACACAUGAAAACAGAAUUAGAAAUACAAAAUGUAAAAGAAAAUUAAGUAAUAGUUAUCUGUAGGUAAUUAAAUUCCAAUUUAAUAAUUCUGCUGUGUAUGGAAUUAUUCAAAAUGAGAAUUGACACACAGGACAAUGGCGGCUUUUUUUGCCGAUGCAUCACGCAUCGGGAAAGCUGAUAUCUUCCCCUUUUGUAUUAAUGCUCUAAAGUUACUUUUUAAUUAACCAAGUAAGUCUGUGUUAAAUUUUAAAAUAAAUAUAAAAAUGGACAACUGGUCUAAGUUUUUAUAGUCAGCUAGAUGCAUUUUCCCGCAUUCUCCUAACAACAAAAAGAAAAGAAAACAUUGAGCUGGGUGCAUUUUCCCACAUUCUAAUAACGAAAAACGCAAAGAGUAAAAAUGAAGACAACAAAAAAACAAAAUUCCUAACGAAAUAAACAAACAUGUCGGUGUCCCUUUAACUUAAAGAGCUGUCAUUCCCACAUUGUUUACACCAGUAUAUCUAUCAAAACCACAGAACAAAAACUGAUGCUCAUACAUGCAUGUCAAAAGCCACGUGACCGUAACCGAUGUAAAAACAGUUACCAUUUAGCACCAUCUACUAACAUUUAAAAAUUCAAAUAAAUCAUUCCAUUUUCCAAGUUACAUAUACUCGAUGCUGGGCUGUAGAUUGAUCAGAGACACGUAUAUGCGACACUGGUCCUGAAUGGGUUAAAAUAUUUUCUGUCUUAUUUUCUUUAAUAAAGUUUGCCCAACAAAUUCUGUAUAUGUGUAGCUGUUCAAGGCUGGGUACUCAGAGGUUAAAGUAUUUAAGAAUUAUAAGAAAAUGGGCAUAAAGUGUAAUAAUUUUAAGAUUGUUUUUAAUUGUAAAAAUAAAUACAUAAAUGCACAUGUAUGUAAGCCAUCAUAAAAGUAAUUUAAAUUGUGUGAAAGAUUGUUAAAAAUACAUUUCUGUUCAAAAUUUUAGAAUGCUGAAUCUUCCAUAGUCCUUAGUCCACACUAUAGUAAUAAAGUCAGUCCGAGCUUUCACUUUUCAUAACAAUAUAGUGUUUCUUGAUAUCAGUAACGAUGUUUUUAUAAUAAUUUUAAUUCCCUCCCUCCAUAUAACACCUAUUUUAACUCUGUUUCUCAUCAUUUGGAAAUGAAAGUAUCCUAUUUUAGCUACAGAAUGUAUGUCUAUUCUCCCUUCCAUUUUACUGACAGUUUUAGAUCACAUUUCAGAAAGUAGUUCUUUGUCCAUGGAAGUCUCCAGGAAGGAUCUGUCAGUUAAUGCAUGUAUCUACAAAUGUGGUUGUGUUUAGUAAUUAGAAAGAGUUAGUAAACAGAAUUAUCAUAAGUGAUAUGCAUGUAGAAAGUUAGCCUUAGAAGUAAAAGGAGCAACUCGAAAAGGUAAAUAUGUUGUGGUUGGGAAACUGAAGGCAAAAUUUUCCAUCAUUUUUGGAUAGAAAAAUAAUUUUUUUCAAAGAGAGUGAGAAUGAAAAUUUGUGAUAAAACAGUGCAAUGGUAUUUAUUUAUUAGAAUUAAAAUUUGAAUUAAAAGGUAAUAUAUUCCACAAGUAGUAAUUCCUCUAUAAAAAUGCAUUCAGCAUUAGUAAAUCUCUAAAUGAUUACUGUUUUAUGUCUAUUUAUAAAUAAGUGUAUUUUUGAAAAUAUAAAAAUAAGCAGUUAAAAAAUUAAAAUAAUUAAUGCUUAAAUUAAAUUUUAGUGAUCGUACUUUUGCUUUUACGUACUAAACUGUUUUAGUAAUUGUUUGAGAACAUUUUGAAAAACAACGUUGUUUCCUAAAAAUAUUUUAUAAGGGUGUUUUUCUCCCCUUUCAUUUGGCAUAUGUUUGCUUGUUUAUUAUGACAAAACACAUGAGAGCUAUUGACUUAAGGGAAUACCUUCAUGGAAAAUUUUCUAAGGUCGACUGACUCAUAUUCACAUUACACAUGAGAAAAACCGUAAAAAUAAUUUAUUGGCCGCUCCCUUUCUGCGACUCAUUAUAAUUCAUUACUAAGUUUGCUGUUACAGAAGUGUUAUAUGUCGCUAUAUGAACGAGAUGCAUUAUAUAUAUAUAUAUAUAUAUAUAUAUAUAUAUUUUUUUUUUUUUUUAAGUUUGAGAAUAUUUAUUCGUACUCUGAAAUAUUAAAUGUGAAAUUAAAUAUUUUCCGCCAACAAACUGCAAUAGAAAUUAAUGUUUUCAUGAUAAAUUUUUUUAAUUAAAAUAGUUUAUUAUUACUGUUAUUAUGCUCUCUUUCUCCCCUCUUCCAUUUCUGUCAUGAUAAACUGAAGUCAGUAUCCCUAAAUCAUCUUUGUAAAAUCAUUAAUACAAACUAGUUUACACUCUUUUGGGUUAAUUAAUUAUCCUCUCAGACCUGCUUAUAUCACUAGACAAAUGUUAGUUUUUGCAAGCAUCAAUAAUUGAACUAUGAAUUUAUUAGGGAAAAUGAAGUUCAUUAUGUUGACACUUUAGGUUUCCCUCUUUUUUUUAAUGUAAAUUUUAAAAUGAAGAAUUCAUAAAGCUGAAUGAAAAUAUUCAUAUGUAUAUAUUUAAAAUUUUUCAGUGCAUUCAUAUCAUCAUCUGUUGUUUCUCAAACUAUUCUGCUGAUAUUAUUUAAUUUAUGGUAGACAGGUUAUUGUAUUUUCAUUCUAUGAAAGCAAAUUUUGCCCAAUUAUUUAAAAUUUCUAAAAUUAAGAUAUUGAAAAAUAAAUAUCAUGUAAUCCUAAAAACUGAACUUUCCUGUUUUAUGACCCUAAAUUCUUUCGCCUAAACAUAGCUGUAAGGGCAUUUAAUAUCGGUUUUUCAAAUGGAAUAAAUUAUUUUAUUAUUAACUAAAAAUAACAGUAAGAAAAAAAGCAAUUUGUAACGCCUUUCUUUUAAGAGUAUUCUCCUGAACAAAGACAUAGUGAGAUCAAACUUUUUGUAAGUUGUUGGCCAUUAAUAAUGGGAAGCUGCUACAGCAGUUAGUAGUUGCAGUAUUUUCUAAGAGAAUUCCCAAAAAUGUUUUGUAUUAAAGUAACUAUAUUAUAGCAGACUUAAAUAUUUUAGGAUGUCGGCGAAAUAAUCAACUGAAAUGCUUUAACAAAUAUAUUAUUCAAAGGAGUAAAAAAAAGUUCUUUAAUUUUUACACUUGAAUGGAAAGAUGUGUACAGUAUAAAACACUUGAUUUGUUGCUUAAAAUUAAUCAUCAUAAAAGUUAUCGUUUCCUAUUUUAAUGAAACCUGACAAUCAAAGAUAUAACAGAAUUUGAUGUAUAUUUUUUCAUUCUAAUAAUCUGAAUAAGUACUAACUGCAUGAUAUCUUUCUGUAAUAUGUGAAAUAUGGGUAUGAAUGCUUUAUUAUUUGAAAAAUAAAAUGAAUUUUUUUCCCCAGUAUUAUAAAAUAAUAAAAAAGUGUAAUGAAAAAUAAGAAGCUUUUUAUGUUUUCACUUUUAAUGUGUUGAUUAGGUUCAUAAAAAUGUAAAUUUAUGUAACUGCAAAUAUAAAUUGUUUAAAAAUUUAAAAUAUACAUUGUAAAAAGUAUUGAUCCACAUCAUUUAUUUUAACUGCAGUAUCAAAUGGUUAAUUAAUUUGAAUUUGUUUAGUAAUUUUUUAAGUAGGUCUGUUUGAUGUUAAUAUUAUUUAAUAAAAAAUGACAUUAUGACACUUUUUUCUUUCUCAUCAUGGCUGAGAAGAAAAAUUAAAAGCAUAACAUACAGUAUUUGUUUUUAUGAAAAACAAAAUUAUAUGAUUUUAAAUACUUUUAGUGUGUAUGCAAUGAGGGCAUUUUAUGUAGUAGCUAUUAAUUUUUAAAUGAUUAUUUAAUUGUUAUGUGUUUGUGAUAUAAACUAUAACAUGGUCCUCCCUAAAAUAUUGUAGGUUCUUUUUAUUUAGAAUUACUGAAGUCCAGUUCAGCACAACUUCCAAAAAAAAAAUUCUUAAAAUUUUGUAGUGGCUUUUUAUGUAUAGCAGUGUUUUCAAAUUUGCAUUUCUUACAUAUUCAAAAUUAUGAUGAGAUAACGACAACAUAUGGAAAAAAAAUUUGUUUUGUUAUAAGGAGACAUUGUUAUGUAUUAACAGGGGAGAAUUUUAGAGUAUAUUUCAUAUGAAGCAGUAUUUAAUUCUGUUGAUAAUUUAUGUAAUUUAGAUUUGCUAAUUUCAUAUGCUUUUUAGAAGUUCUGUUAUUUUUAUAUAAUAUAGACAUGUAUUUUUUUUUAUUUAUUUAUUUGCACUAGUUUUUUAAUUUUUGGUGUAAAAAAAAAUAUGAAAUUUAUGUUUCUCAAGGUUGUGACAUAUUUCAAUUUGUAAUCUUUAUAUCUUAAGGAAAGUUUACUAAAUAGUUUUGUUUUGUUUUUUGAGAUGGAAUUUUUUUAUUGCUAAAUUAGUUACUAUGAUGUUUAAAUUGUAUUAGAUUUAUUGUCUAUUGUGAUAUAACAUAAAACCUAAUACAGUCAAAAGUCGUUAAUCCAGACUCGUCGGGACUUCGGCGAUUCCGGAUUAUCGAUUUUUCCGGAUCAUCAGUUUAAAUCUCGUAAGAUGGCAUGCAGAAAUUCUAAAAUUAAAAAUA